AAAGAAGUAUGAUUGUUCCCAAGUAAAGCUAUUCUAAUGACUGCGGAAGAAUUGAGUUUUUGGUCAAGAGCACCCCAACGAGUGUUUGGCAGGAAGACUUGUUUGUGUGCAGGAAGUGAGCAGAUGUUAGGGUUGAAGAAGAGAAGGUGUUCAGGGUUCCUGAACCUGGAGAUAUCUUGGAGGUGUUGAAUGUUGUAUAAUCUAAUCAAAAUUGACAACUUCAGAGAAUUGCAUAAACUUGAUAAAUUAUGGAGCAAGUUAUUGCCUGAUCUUAGAGAGUACAAACAGACACAUGCUCAACUUAAAAAUGAUCUGGGCUCAGCAAAGGCCACGAAUGGUUGGGACAGACUCCCUUACCUUUUGAUUGAAGCCAGGACUCUUCUUGGCACCCUGUUGAAGUCUCUCCUUUGGAAAGAAUAUUGCAAAGAAGAAAGCAUCAGACAGUUCAGAGAUAGCCAAUACGGCGCUACAAGAAUGUACAGUGCUUCCAAGAAGUGGAUCAACGGACAAAUAAUGAAGUUGAAAGAUCACCUGACUGUUACCAGAUAUGGGGAACUUAAAGAAGAAUAUAAGCAAUUAAAGCAAGAGUACAAACAAAAGAGUGAACUGUGAAAUGAAAAGCAGAAAAAGAUUGAUCAAAAGCUUAGAAAGAUUCAGUCCCAAGAGUUUGAAAUUCUGGAGUUAAAAUAUAAGAUACAAGAAAACCGCUCCAUUCAAAAUCGAGGGAGCCCAGUCAAAAGCCUGAAUACUGCGAGUAGAGCAGCAGAUGAGUUGGACAAAGAUCAUAUCUAAAAUAUAAAGCAAGUAUACUACAGGUUCCUGUGUAAAGAUAUUGAAGGAGCAAGCUAAGAAACUCGCGGUGAGCUCAACCGAACUAGAAAAGGACACUAAAGAGCUGGCAGAACAACCAAAUCCAGAACUAAACCCUAACGACAUUACUACAAUCUUCACCCAAACAUACCAUAAAAUACAACAAAUAUCUAACCUAAAACUAAACUUCACCCACCAAAAAGACAUCAAAUCCCUCCAAAACCUCACUCCCUACCCUCUCCCUCCUCUCCAAUCCCUCACUCUCUGAAACCUCCACCUCUCACCCCCUGACCUCCUCUCCCAAUUCCUCUCCACCUCCCUCACCCCUCACUCUCCCUCCAUCGAUCACUUCAAGGUCUUCUCUAACUCAUUCCCUCCCACAGGCCUAAACCCCCACAUAAAGUCCCUUACUAAGAUCCUUCCUUUAGUCACACAGGGAUUCUGUAUCUACAAGUGCUACCUGAGUAAGGCUCGGUUUGAGAGUCUUUUCGCAGCAGCGAAGAAUGUGAAGAAAGUGGAGUUUUGGCACUGUAUAAUAGAGACUGAUAGUGCAUGAGAUUUUGGAGAGGAGAUGGAAGAAGUGAGGGUUGGGGAGAUUGGUUUUGAUGGUAUUGAGAACUGGAGCGAUUGGAUUUUUGGUGAGAUCAGGUUCACAAAUAUUCUCAAGGGACUGUCAAAAGUUAAGAGUGUAAAAAAUCGUGAGAUAAUAAUCCGUCUGAUUGGUAGUGGUGUU